GGGGGCCUGCUCAUGGGUCUGCUAAAUGCUUGAGCCUUCCUCUGCUACAUACAGUAAGACUGCUUCCGAGACAAGACUACUUAUCAUAUACAUGGCUGUUUAGAAGAGGAGAAAGCUAUUACAAAAUAUAAAACAUGUCACGGUAUGUGGAACGGAAGAAGUCCUGGUGGCAACGAUGCUGUUCUUGUUGCUCCAGAGGGGAAGAUGUUGAGGAUUAUGUGAGAGGACCUGGAGGACCAGGACCAGGACCAGGCAGACCCUCUGACAGAAAUACAAAUGGAGACUACUCUGGAGAAGGCGACAGAAUUCCAGAUAGAAACACUGAACCAGGACGCAACAAUGAUGAUCUGCCAAUGCCCACAGGCACAUUACAAAUUCAAAGUGUUGACUUACUUAAUUCUCGGAACUCGGAAAAUCGCAAGUCCCAUCACACUGAUGAGUUUGAAUGUGAUGAACUAAUUGUAAGGAGAGGACAACCCUUCCAGAUCUGUGUCACCACCCAACGUCCUUUUAAUCCUAAGAGUGACCAAUUCUGCAUCAUUAUGCAUUUAGCAAAUUCCCAACCGAUCACUGUACCAUUUGUCAAUGAAUUUGAUGAGGGUGGCUGGGGAUGUCAAGUGUCUGAAGAUAGCGGACAAAAAGUUAUACUAUGGGUGAACACCUCUGCACAGGCUGCUGUGGGAAAAUAUCAGCUCAGUGUUAGAAGUGGCGCAGGAACCUACAAUGACUCUAACCUGAAUGUCUACAUCCUGUUCAACCCUUGGUGUCGCAUGGAUGCUGUAUUUAUGGACAAUGAAGCAUGGAGGCAAGAAUAUGUUCUCAAUGAAAUUGGAAGAAUUUACUAUGGCACAGAACAUCAAAUUGGAGAACGUUCCUGGAAUUAUGGACAGUUUGAUAAGGGGGUUCUGCAAGCUGUACUGUACAUACUGGAUCGUGGAGGUAUCUCACCUGCAUCAAGAGGCGAUCCCAUAACUGUUACCCGAGUUAUAUCUGCUAUGGUGAAUUCCAUGGAUGAUAAUGGUGUUGUUGCUGGAAGCUGGUCUGGUGAAUAUGCUGAUGGUGUAAAUCCUGUUGCUUGGGUAGGCAGUGUGGAUAUUCUGCUCCGGUAUCACCAGACUGGAACCCCUGUAAAAUACGGCCAGUGCUGGGUAUUCGCUGCUGUUACAACAACAGUGCUCCGUUGUCUUGGAAUCGCAGGACGUACGAUUACCAAUUUUGCCUCAGCUCAUGACACUGAUGGAAAUCUAACAUUUGAUGUCUACUUUGAUGAAAACAUGAAGCCAUUGGAGGAUAAAAACAGUGAUUCUGUCUGGAAUUAUCACUGUUGGAAUGACUGCUGGAUGACCCGCCCUGACCUGCCAUCAGGAUACAGUGGAUGGCAAGCCAUUGAUGCCACACCUCAAGAGACCAGCAAUGGUAUAUACUGCUGUGGUCCUUCUCCUGUCCUUGCCAUCAAGAAUGGUUUAGUCAAUAUCAAAUACGACACUCCUUUCAUUUUUGCAGAGGUGAACAGUGAUAAGGUCUUUUACCAAAGAAUGGAAAAUGGGAAAUUUAAGCAGGUCCAUGUGGAGGAACGCGCAGUUGGACAUUGUAUCAGCACCAAAGCAGUGGGAUCCAAUGCAAGAGAGGACAUCACUUAUCUGUACAAACAUCCAGAAGGAUCCGCAGAGGAGCGUAAGGCAGUGCGCACAGCUGCACAGUAUGGUGAUAAACCACUGGCAGAUGUGGAGGCAGCAGAUAUAGGAGAUGUCUCUCUUAGCGUUGAGUCACAAGAUGGUGUAUCCAUGGGCAGUGACAUUCAUGUUCGUAUCUUAUUGAAGAAUGGUAGCGGAAGCCGUCGCACUGUGUCUUUAUCCAUGGCCAUUGCUGUUAUGUAUUACAACGGAGUCUGCAAAGAGUCAUUCAAGAAAGAAGAUUGUAAUGUAUUGCUGAACCCAGGAGAAGCCAAGACAGUGGGAAUGACAGUGGCUUACAGUGAAUAUCGUACACAACUUGUGGAUCAGUCAGCCAUGAUGUUAACCGUUUCUGGAAUUGUCAAAGAAUCUAGCCAGAAAUUAGCCAACCAGCACACAUUCAGGAUACGGACCCCAGAUCUCAUUAUCAAGGUCCGUGGUGAAGCAACUGUUGGUCAACAAAUUGUGGCAGAAAUCAUAUUCCAGAACCCUCUCCAAACAACUUUGCACAAUGGCCGCUUCCACGUGGAAGGGCCUGGACUGCAAAGGCCAAAGGUUGUACAAGUUGGAGAUAUUGGGCCAUUGAAGACUAUUUCCAUCACAGAACGAUUUACACCUCGACGUUCUGGCAAGCGUCAGCUAAUGGCAAGCUUUGAGAGUGAUGAGAUGAGUCAAGUACAUGGAGUCACUGAAAUAAUGGUACAAUGAAGACCUUAUUUUGAGCCAAAUCCAGUUUUAUUCGGAGCCAACCCGUAUUAAUUUGUCAGUAUUAAUUAAUACCAUGGGAACUCUAUAUCCUCCUCGGACUGAAAAAAACUACUGAAUAUUUCUGUUUUCGUUAAUCAAUCUUUCUAGUAUAUCGAGAUAUCCAAAAGGACUAAUGUGACGUGUGGUAUUACAUUUGUGACAGUGGACACCUACCAGAAUCCUAGCAGAAAACGCUGUAAGCGAUCUCUGUAAUCUGAUUUAGGAACCCAACCAAUAAGAUGUCUUACAUAUAGCUCACUAAAAAGAAAUCUAGUCACUCACAAUAGUAUUUUUUGGAAAAAUGUGUCCCUUUCUAGUUAUGUGGUAUUCACAGAUGAAUAAGGACACGUAUAGCAGAGGAAACAAAUGUUAUUACAAUUGAAAUGUACACUCACUGCAAAUUAUUUUUGUAUCUAUUUGUCAUACUUUGGGGUAAUAUAUUAAAUUAUAUAAUAGGAUAUGCAAUAUCGUCAAACUGUGAGCCUUUACCCAUCAUUCUGAAAUCUGUACAUACCUGUAGAAACUAACAAUUAAUGUAUAGUUCUGACAUACUUAUUAUAUUUAUUAUUUCAAUGAAGAAACUAAAAGUUGUUUAUACCAAAAGGGCGAGGUUAUAAUCAUUCUGCAUACUCCUUUGCCCAUCCUGUAUUACACCCAUUUUUUGCCAUUGACAAAUACCUUGACCAAGAAGCUGGUUACUUGACAUACAUAAUGUAUGUCCUCUAGAGAAACAUUAAUUUUUUUAUAAUAUGAAGGCAAUACUGUUCUAAUAUUCUAUCAUUAAGUUAUACUCCCACAAGGUACAGAUGUAGCAGAGCUGUACUAGGCAAUUGGAGAAAGCUAUUGUGCUAGGUUUACCUGCAGUCCUGAUAUAUACAUUGUACUGUACUAACAGUAUAGUUAUCUGGUAAUUAUGGUAUGCCAACUAAGAGAGACAGUCUCUACACCUGUAUAUGCCAUAUAUGUAUUAUAGGGAGUACCACAUUGUUUUACCAGUCUGUAUCCACGUACAGUACGUGACUGAUAUGUGACUGCAUAGACAGACUGUGAUGAGAAAAAGCACUGGAUUUAACUGUGCACUUUUAUUUGUUAAAUAUAUUUUUGUUUCAAUAAAUAUUUUAUAUUAAUCUCUA